AUGCCUUCAGACCUUGACCAGCUGCUCGACAUGGGCUUCGACAAGGAGCGUGCCUCCCUCGCCUCCAAAGCAACCGGCAGCCUGCAAGACGCCAUCGACUGGCUAGAGAAAAACCAGGACACGCCCAUCGACGAGCUACAAGCUGCGCAGGCCUCCGCCGCCGACGAACCGCCCGCCGACCCCAAAGAGGGUGAGGAAGCCCGCUCACUCGUCUGCGACGACUGCGGCAAGCGCUUCCGCUCCACCGCGCAAGCCGAGUUCCACGCCACCAAGUCCGGCCACGACAAUUUCUCCGAGUCGACCGAGGAAAUCAAACCACUCACCGAGGAAGAGAAGAAGCAGAAGCUCGAGGACCUGCGGCAGAAGCUUGCUGCGAAGCGCGCGGGCCAGGCAGACCAGGACAAGAUUGAUCGGAAGAAGAAUGAACAGAUUCGCAUGAAGGCAACGAAGGAGAGCCAGGAUAUAAAGGAGGACCUUGCAAAGAAAGAGCAAUUGAAGGAGGCCCAGAAGAAGAAGCGCGAGAAGGAGGAGGAUGCAGCAGCGCGUAGGCGCGUGCUGGAGAAAUUGGAAGCGGACAAGCAGGAACGGAAGCGCAAGGCGGAAGUGGAGAAGGCGGCGCGAGAGGGUAGAGCGGCUCCUCCGCCGGUUGCUGAACCCGCUGCGCCGACAUCGUCUGGUCCUACAACGUCGAAGCCUGCGUCGGCCUAUACCGAGAGUCGUCUUGCGCUGCAGACACCUACCGGUCGAGUCAUGAAGUCGUUCCCCGUCGAGACAACGCUUUUUGAGGUCGCACACUCAUUGGAAGAGCAGGGUCUCUCUGUCAACUCGUUCUCGACAACCUUCCCCAAGAGGAUCUUCGAGAGGACGGACUUUGGCAUGACGUUGAAGGAGGCGGGCAUGAUUCCUAGCGCUGCCCUCAUCGUCAAAUAG